GUGAUGUAUUUUAUGGCCCGCGUGCUGCUGCUACCACCACCCAAUCGUUCUAACGACGUAUGUAUGUGUACGAUGUACAUUGGUUUGUCAAGAACGGAGCGUGGAAAUUUUCUCAUCGUGCGCUCGCGUGUGGAAAAGUAAGUUUGUGUAACGAAGUUGAUAAUUUAGAAUUCUGAAGCUGCAAGGAUUACGAUCACUUCGAUGAGGUUAAAAAGGCCGACGGAUAAUUUAUUGCUAACAAGGACUGCGAGGAAAGAGGAGAAGGCGAGACGUCAGUGAUAAAAAAGUGCUCAUCCUUGGCGAUAUUGAACGUCAAAAGUCACGGUCUGUUUUUUCUCUAAUUGCUUUUUUUCGAUCGUUGAUGUUAUUACGAUAAGUACAUCACCAUGACCAGUAAGAAAGGACAGAACUGGCGGAUCGAAGCUGAUAUUGAUAAAAAUAGAGAAGAUGCUAAUUGGAAGAAAGUUAUUGAUUUGGCUGAUCAACUCAAAACACUCUGCCCAACUAACGAAUGUUUGGCGAAUUUUUUGGGUGGAGAGGCACGACUGGAAAAUUUCUUGGAACAAACUCCUCCGAUUGACGUAAAUAUAACAAAGGCUAAAGCUGGAUUGGCGGAAGCAAAGAGAUACCUUUUGUUGGCUGCCAAUGAAAAAGACAAACAGGCUCCAGUCGCUUUAGAUGCACAACUUCUCCUUGGUAAAUUACAUUAUGCUAUGGGAAUGUACAGCGAAUCACUGUAUCAUUAUCAAGAAGCUGAAUUACAAAACCUCACUGAAAAACAGUUACCUAGUAGAAGUUUACGUAUUGUAGCAGAAUCUUUUGCCAUAAAGGGCUUAUGUCUAGAAAAACUUCCUCCUACCUCAAAAUCCAAGUAUAAAAUAGCAGAGUGGCAUGCUCAAAUGAUCAAAUGUUUUGAAGUGGCUACUGAUAUAACUUUGGUUUAUUUACAAGAGCAAGAUAAAAUUGCUAUCCAACAACAAAAUGGCUUGUUAACCAUAAACAGUAAUAACAUGGGAACUUCAUCUCCUCAGACAUCUAUACACUCUACAAAACAUAUGGGACCUAUUUUAGAAACUGCUAUGCAGAGAGCUCCUUUAAUUCACCUACAAGCAGGCAACAUUCAAGCUGCAAUAGAUUGUUAUAGAGGUAUUUUAACUGCACUUGAAACAACAGCAACUCAAAGUAUAAGAUUGACAUUAACUCGACAACUAGGUGAAACUUUGCUAAGAGGAAUGAAAGGUAUUACUUACAAUGUUCCAGAAGGUCCAGUUUCCAAUGCCACUACUCGUAAAACUAAUUCUACAGAGUCUGCAUGGAAACCAAAACGAUAUACUGGCAUCAAUUUGUUUGUCCCGAAAAAUGAAUAUGAAGAGAUUAUUUUAUUAUUAUUAAUUAGUGAGGCAAUGGCUGUAAGGGAUGCUGUUUUAAGUCAAUCUCCAGAAUUCAAAGAAGCAAGAGUACGGGCAUUUGAAAAUGCUACAGCUGUUUAUGACCUUCUUACAGUUGUUGUUGUUAGAUGGAGUCAGGUUGAGCUUUUACAUGAGUCAUUUGAAAGAGCCAUGAAAUUUUCUCAUGGAGAGGUUCAUGUGUGGAUGCAGUAUGCUUUAUGCUUAAUCUGUUUAGGUAGAUAUAUUCAUGCAUAUGCUGUAUUACAAAUCAUAAUAAAACUAGCACCUCAAAAAGUGAUGCCUUGUCUUUUGGCAUCCAGAUUAUGCUAUGAGCAUUUAAAUAAGGUAGCAGAAGGGAUUGAAUGGAGUCAAAAAGCAUUGCAACGUGAAACGGCAAACCCUCAAGGCUUACAAUCACGAUGUUAUCUUUAUAAUGGUAUUGGACACAGUAUGCUUUGCGCAAAUACAAUUGUUAAACAAGAUAAAAUACAACACAGUACUUCAGCAUUCGAUUCUUUCAGCAAAGCUCAACAAUGUGAUCCAAAUGAUCAUCUGGCCGAAUAUUAUUUAGCUCAUGAAUAUGCCAUGAACAGACAAAUGACAGAAGCUAUGAUGCAUGUGAAAAUCGCUUUAAGUCUUAGAGCCGAACACAUUCCAUCGUUACAUUUAUUAGCAUUGUUAUUGACGGCACAGAAGCAGUACGCGGAAGCUUUGCGUUUAAUUGAUAGUAUACUCGAAGAAUAUCCAGACAACUUAAAUAUUUUAUACGUCAAAGCUAAUUUAGAAUUACACAGUGUUGGUGGUGAGGAAGCUUUAUUUACUAUUAAGCAUAUGCUAUUUUUGUGGAAAAAUUUAUAUGAAAAUCAGACAAACGGCGAUAUAAACGAGCAACAAAGCGAAAAAAGGAGCGAAACUAGAAGUGUUUUUCAAAUGUACACUUCUGAAAUGUCAGAUAAAGAUUCAAAUUCUAUUCAUGCACAGUCUUUAGCAGCUUCAAGGGUAGAGCAAGCACUAUCGGAAGUAGCAUCAUCUCUUAGCUCAUUUGUUCCCAAACCUGGACCUCAAAGAGCCUGGAUGUUACAAUUGCAAGUGUGGCUAUUAUUAGCUGAAGUUUUCUUAGUUUUAAAUCAUCCUAAAGAAGCGACAUUGUCAAUACAGGAAGCAACGAAUAUAUUUCCAUUAAGCCAUCACAUCAUGUAUACGCGAGGGCUUUUGCACGAAUAUAAAACGGAAUAUUCAGAAGCUAAACAAUGCUAUCAGAAUGCAAUUUCAAUCAAUCCUUCACAUGUCAAAAGCUUACAACAUCUGGGGUUAGUAUAUCAUUAUCUCGGAUGUCAAAGACUAGCUGAAAAAACAUUAAGAGAUGCUGCAAAAAUUGAUCCUAUGUCCUAUCAGACUUGGUAUAAUCUAGGUAAAGUAUUAGAAUCUUUGGGAGAAGUCGAAGCCGCUAGUGACUGUAUGGAAACUGCUUUGGAAGUUGAAACAUGUCAUCCAAUUCUGCCUAUAUCGUCAAUCCCAAUCACUUUUGAAUAAAAUGUUAUUGCUAAUAACUAUUGAAAUUGUUCAACAAAGAAUCACUACUGUCAUAAUAAGGUGUAUAGUCAUGUUGUUGAAAGUCUUAAUUUUUAUAUUUCUCUGUUGCGUUCUUCUGUAGUAGAUGUUCAUAUUGUACAAAAUUGAUAGUUAAACAUAAUAAAGUUUAAUAGAUGUUACAUUAUUUGUUAACUAACGUUAACAUGAAAAUAUAUAAAUAAACAAAAGUUAUCGUUUAAAACAGUUUAUUUCUUACACCUUUAAAAUAUAAAACUAUUAGUGAAAUUUAAAAAAAUCAUCUGACGUGUUAUUUAGACUAUCAUGAGAAAUAGAAAACCUAUUAAAUAACUUUAGUUACAUGAGAAUUUUUAUUUGCAUAAAAUUUAUGUUAGUUUCACGGACUCUUCAUCAUAUUCAAUAUCAACUAACUCUGAAAGGUUCUACCUUGAUUUUAUUUCUUUUUUUAUCGUAAUUCCCUACUUGCAAACAUUAGAUAUAUAAUGAUGAACAUUAGAUAUAUAAUUAGAUCAUAAUGAUUUUACAUAAUAUAAAUUUACAAAUGUCUUAUUCUAAAUUACUUCAUGUACUACUUUAUGUACCUUUGUCAAAUGUGCAAACUAACACUAAUUAAAAUUUUGACAACAACAAAAUAAUUUUUCUUAAUAAUUAAUAUCAAACUUAUAUUAUUAUUCUUAAAUGUUGUUGGAUCAAAAAGUGUGGCAAUGGAUAUCUUACAUUAUCCGUUCCAAAUAUGCUAGAUCUUUUAAUAAAAAAUAAUAUUUUAGUUUUGGUAUAAAUACCACCCAACAUUUAGUUUUAUGUACACGUUGCAAAUUAUGUACAAUCAAUUGUUAAAACAUUAUCUCCACGAUGAACUAAAUCUAAAAUUAGUUCUCUCACUAGAUUUUGUACUUUCGAAAAUUAGACGAUCCCUCUUCUUCAUUUGUUUUCAUUUCGGAUGAUAGCACUUUUUUGCAAAGAAAACAAAGUAAAAAUUUAAUUUUAUUCGAAAAAGAAAGUUAAAAAUCUAAAAAUAUUUUAUAACAAUAUUGAUCAAGAUAGCUGCGGAUGAUAGAGAACGUUAUUUAAAUAUACUAUAGCAAUUGUUUAUUAUUGGUUUUUAAUUUAACAUGACAUAAAUUUCAUAUAAUCAAUCUAUUCAUCUUAUCAUACUAAAAAACAAGUCUUGAUUCCUUAUAAUCAACAUUGAAUUUGCAAGCUAGAUCGUACAUUUGUAUAUGCAGAUGCCGUACAAUGCAGAUAUAAAAACAUCUACUUUUUUAUACGUGCUCCGUAUGUACUCUCGAAUGGGAAGUAUUAAUUUUUAUUUGAAUUAAAAUUGAAAAAAAUUCUAAUUUAUUUAAGCAAUAUAUUCCUAAUAUUUACACUAAAUAAAUUGAAAUGAUCAAAGCACACAUAUAAUAAAGCAUUUUUUAUAAUAAUAAACGCCAUAUAUACCAUAGUCGAUAAAAGUACUAUAUUUUAUAUGAAUUUCUUUUCCAUUACGAAUGUAGAUCAUUGAAAAACAAACUUCUAAAUUACCUAAUAACUCAAAAUUUAGAUAAGAAUAAUAGUGAAAUUUACACUUGUGUGAUUUAUGCUCCAAGUUAACAUUGACAUAAAAUAAACUUAAAAUCAUAUUUAUUGAAUAAAUUUGGAGGCUAUUACCGCUACAUCACUUACUUUCAAUGUAGAAUGAAAAAUUCAGUAUGAAUAGUUAUCUUACAAACAUCUACUUUUGUAACAAAUCUUUAAAAAACUAAUAGAAUCCAUAAUAACUAUUUAAUUUUUAUGUCUUACAUUUACUUUAUCAUUAUAAAUAAAUUUCUUUUUUUUUCUUUCUAAUAUAAAAUGUAAAAUGUCUUAAUUUCAAGUGCUCGAUUUAUAAAGAUUUUUUUUAUUUCACGCGUUCUAUAUGUACAACAUAUACAUAAAAUAAUGCAUAAAAGCAGGUUUAUAUAUACUUAAAGUUAACUAAUUUAUUUGAAAAAUAACUUAGCGUUUUAGUAAAUUUAUGCAGUUUAUGAUACUGCGUAUUAAGUAGAUUAUAUAUUAAUCUGGACUGUCUUCUCAUGAAUUUUUUCUUUUUAAAUACAUAAUAUCGGAUGUCGUACAGUUUUAUUUCAUGCUAUUUUCAAUGUAAAUAAACAAAAAUAUUUAACAUUUGCUAUUUCAUAAGGCCAAGAUUUCAAUGAAUGAUUUUCGAUUUAGUAAACGUGUUUGCAAUAAUCAGUCUCUUUAAAAAGUAUUAAAAGUUAUAAAGAGUUUGAAUUGCUAUUUGAAAGCUUAUGGUAAAAAAAAUUAAUUGAAACUAAAAAAGUUAUUCAAACACUAAUAUCUUGGUCCAUACAAGUAAGAUAAAGUAAUUUUAUUAAAAAUUACGUUGUGAACAAUACAGAAGGAACAAAACGUUCAUCAUGACAAAAAGAACAAAAAGACAUUUCUUUUUUUCUUAAUUCUUUUACUCUGUACUUCUCAGGAAAAUUAUAUACUUAUAUUUUUAUUCAAAAUAUUUCAUACAACUAUAAGUAAAUAAUCAUUUAUUUUAUAAUUGGAGGUUGCAUUAAAAAUCAACCAUAUGUGAUAACAAAUUUUGAUAUUGAUGUAAAUUGAUGCAUGUUAAAUCAGAAUCCUUAGAUAGAAAUCUUCGAAUACUAUUUCGACUUUGAAUUAAAAAGAAAGAAAUGAGAAAUAGUGUUUUGAUUGUGGUUUGAUUUUUGUACUUCAUUUAUCAUCAUAAUUUGGGAAAAUGAUUUAUUAUUUUGUCUUAAGUGUAUUUAAACAAAAACAAUAUUUAUUAAUUACUUUUACUUUAUUAAAUGAUUGAUAUGUAAUCAUUUGAUUAAAGGAUAAUUUUGCAUUCAAAAUACUUUGAAAAAUUAUAAAUAAUGAAAAGAUAGAAGCAAAUACUAGUUCUCUGCUACAAAAUUCAAUAAUUUUUAGAAAAGUUUCAACGCUGUGUUACCUUCUGUUUUACAACAUUUGUCUUUGCAUAAAAUCCUUCACCAUGUACUGAUGAUUAAAUAUUUCAUUCGUGAAAAAUAAUGUUUCUAUGAUUAACGGAUUUAGUAACUACAUUAUUGUAAAAUUAAAAAUAAAAAUAUCUUAAAAAUAUAUGCUUCUUUAGAUGCUCCAAAUUUUCUUCUGUUCU